GGGUGGCGCGCCCUGAUGCUUUGGGAUCUUCCCGCGCACUGCGGCGCGCUCCGCCCCGGAAACACGUCUCCAGCGCCUUGGCGCGCUUUUGAAAUAGUGUAUAUUUUGUGUCCGUUUGGCCGGCUUCUGCUGCUUGAGUGUCUGGUUCUUGUCCGUCGCACUCGCCCCCGCGACCCUGGUGCUCGGCAUCCCCCUCGCCGCGCCGCGAUGAGGACACGCGAGGAGGUAGACGCGACGCUGCAGGUCGCCAAGCUGAACCCCGCCGAGCUGCUGCCCACCGUGCACUGCCUGAGCUUCGGCCUGGGGGCCAGCGGCGCGGCCGCCGGCGACUUCUGCCUGCUGGAACUGGAGCCCGCGCUGUGCCAGCAGCUGGAGGCCGGACACAGUCUUGUGAUUCGGGGAGAUAAAGAUGAACAAGCUGUGCUGUGCAGUAAAGACAAAACAUAUGACUUGAAAAUAGCAGAUACUUCAAAUAUGUUGCUUUUUAUUCCUGGCUGUAAAACUCCAGACCAGCUGAAGAUGGAGGAAACACAGUGUAACAUUAUUCACACUGAGAUCUUUGGUUUUUCUAAUAACUAUUGGGAAUUGAGAAGAUGCAGACCUAAAUUAAAGAAGCUAAAGAAACUUCUAAUGGAAAAUACCUAUGAAGGACCUGACAGUCAAAAAGAAGAGGAUUCAAAUCGCUCAAAAUAUACCACUGAAGAUUUGCUUGAUCGAAUUCAGGCAAGUGAAGAAGAAAUAAUGACCCAGUUAGAAGUUUUAAAUGCCUGUGAGAUUGGAGGUUAUUGGAGGAUUCUUGACUUUGACUAUGAGAUGAAACUUCUGAAUCAUAUAACUCAGCUGGUGGAUUCUGAAUCUUGGUCUUUUAGUAAAGUUCCUUUGAACAUAUGCCUUCAGGAACUUGGACCAUUGGAACCAGGGGAAAUGAUAGAACACUGUCUUAAAUGUUAUGGGAAGAAAUAUACAGAAGAAGGUGAAGUUUAUUUUGAUUUGAGUUCUGAUAAAAUAUGCAGAGCAACAGCACAAAUGUUACUUCAGAAUGCAGUGAAAUUCAAUCUGGCUGAGUUUCAAGAAGUGUGGCAACAGAGUGUUCCUGAAGGAAUGAUAACUAGGCUUGAUCAGCUCAAGGGUUUAGCACUGGUGGAUAGACACUCAAGACCAGAAAUCAUAUUUUUGCUGAAAGUAGAUGAUUUACCUGAGGGAAAUCAGGAACGUUUUAAUAGUCUAUUUUCUCUAAGGGAGAAGUGGACAGAAGAAGACAUUGCUCCAUAUAUCCGCUUGGAUUCUGUGGCCAGUGUCUCUAAUGCCUGCUGUUUAUACUCUCUUACUGUGCCCUCUCUUCCUCAUACGGCUCUGAGAUUUGUGUGGAGAGAAGCAAACCAUAGGUGCAUUACUCACUAAAUACUCACGUUCUUCAAUGCAAAAUGGAGUUAAAGUUUAUAAUUCAAGAAGACCCAUUACUUAAAAUUUGAACAAGAGUUUUUUCUUUGGAACUGAAUUGCUUUAUAAAGUUGCUAGAUAUAAGAAAAAGAUUCUUUUAUGUAUUUUUAUUUUGGCUUUUAAAAACCUACUCCUUGAAUGCAUUUUUUGUUCUCAUCUUAAUGUUUUGAAACUAUUACUACUUACUUUUUAAGUGUAACAGGAUAUUUCAGUAUUCUUCAUAUUACAUUUGUUGUAUGUACUCAGUGUAAACAAGGGCACGAGAAAGUAUUAUUUCCUAUAUUUAAUAGAAAAGUAGUUCUGUAGUCUCUGAUGUCUACAUGGUUCUAUUUAUAGAAAGGACAUUGCUUUUUGUAUAUAAAUUUCACACCUUUAAUUAGGAUUUGAUGUUCUCAUUAUUUAAAAGUUUUCUAGAUAAGAAAAUAAGUGUCUAGAAGAGAUCUAGUCACUUACAUGCUAUUUCUCAAUUGAGUUCUUCUCUACUUUCAACCUUCACAGAAACAGGAUGUCACUAGGUGUUAUCAAGUGUACUGUUAAGAUUUGUGAAAUUGGCUUGGUAAUUGCUUCCCUGUUCACUUAGCUGGUAUAUACAUGCACUUUAAACAAAAUGGGUUUAAUCCUCAAUCUUAUAGAUCGGUUUAUAAUCCUGGCACAAAUAAAACUCAUUAGAAAACUA